AUGCUAAGGCAAGGCUUUCGCCGCUGUGCCGGCUUGGCCGCCGUCGGCGCUCCAUCUGUAUUUGUCCGCGCUCAAGCUUCCCUGCCUGUUGCGCAGAGGACAAUACUAUCUCUUUCACGCAAUGCCGCGGUUUUCCGAAGCCUGCCAUGUGCACUCAGACUCUACAGCUCAGAAGGAGCAGCUGUCGAGUCUCCGACACCCGCAGAGACGGUAGCGGGUGAGAUUUCUAAUUUUGCCGACUUGUCCACGCUCGGUGUCCACCAAAACCUCCUGAAAGCCAUAACCAAGGACCUAGGUUACGCCACGAUGACCCCUGUCCAGGCAAAGACCAUCACUCCCGCCCUCAAAGGCACGGAUAUCGUGGCUCAAGCCAAGACUGGUACGGGGAAAACCAUCGCCUUCCUGCUACCGCUGUUGCAGCGAAUGAUUGAAGAAGAUCCCUCUCUUGCCUCCAAACAAGCUUCUCGACGUGCUCGGUCAGAUGACAUCCGCGGAAUUGUUCUCUCUCCCACCCGUGAAUUGGCUGAGCAGAUUGCCGUCGAAGCUCAGCGCCUCGUUAAGCACACUGGCCUUGUUGUGCAGUCAGCCGUUGGGGGCACAAGCAAAAGUUCCAUGCUUCGACAAACUCAGAGACAGGGAUGCCAUCUUUUAGUUGCCACCCCCGGGCGCUUGAAUGACCUCCUCCAAGACCCACAAUCUGGUAUAGAGGCACCAAAUCUAGCAGCUUUGGUUCUGGACGAAGCGGAUCGUAUGCUAGAUGUUGGCUUUGAAAAGGAACUGAACGACAUCGUCGGCUGCCUGCCAAGCCGAGACCAGAAAGUCCGACAGACUAUGCUGGUUUCGGCCACUAUACCCGACAAUGUCAUUCGUCUUGCUCGCAAAAUGGUCCGAUCCGACGAUUUUGAAUUCGUCCAGACCAUUGGCGAAAAUGAAUCACUUACUCACGAUCGAGUUCCUCAACAUCUCGUUCGCCUGAAUUCAUGGACCAACGCCUUUCCGGCCAUAUUUGAGCUCAUUGACCGCGAAUCGGCCAAGGCGGACGAAGACCGGGAAGCAGCACCGUUCAAGGCUAUUGUAUAUCUCAACACUACGGCCAUGGUGGAAAUGGCCAGCGAGCUCGGUUUCCAGCGAAGGAAGCAGGGUCUCAUGAAGCUUUCUACAUUUUCCAUCUCGUCCCAGCUCUCGCAGUAUGCUCGGACGGCUUCGGCAGACAGGUUCCGCACCGUGCGAAAGGGAGUCUUGUUCUCCUCCGAUGUCACAGCCCGUGGCAUGGACUUCCCGGACGUUACCCACGUUAUCCAGCUGGACUGCCCCCGAGACCGCGAAUCCUAUAUCCAUCGACUAGGCCGCACUGCUCGACAGAACAAGGGCGGCGAGGGAUGGCUCUUCUUGCCACCAACUUCACUGUCCCCGGCGAGAAAGCUUCUUGAAGGGCUGCCUCUACAACCCAACGAUACUCUUGAAAGUGCCAAGGUCAACGCCGAGGCCGAAAACCUGCCAGAGUAUCAUGAGAAGAUAAAACAGCUCACCCAGUCUCUACCUAGAAAGAUGCUGGUGAAUGCCUACACCUCCCUCUUCGGCGGCCAAAUUCAUCGAAGAGAGGAAUUUGUCGAAGAUGUGAACCAGUGGGCAACUGUGGGAUGGGGCUGGAGCGAGCCGCCUGCCGUUUCGCACAGUUUUGCCCGCAAUCAAGGCCUGCUUGACUCUGCCUUGAAUAUUCAGGAACGCAGUCAUGCACGAGAUGAUGACUUUGACCAUGACAAGCCUCGCCGCGGUGAUCGUUAUGCAAAUCGUUCCGGACACAGGUCAGAGAAUUCACGAUCGUCGGACCCAUUCGUUGAAAUGGGGCGUCAGGUCCGUCGAGAUGGACCUCCGAACAAGCGGCCUAGACGGUUCGACUCAUCCAGAGGUUCCCGACGAAGCUCCUGGUGA